GCUUAUGCUGUCGCAGGUGCAGAGAAGCAGCACACCAGGCGGACAGGAGGAGCCGCGCUUCGAGCGCGGAGCUCCCCCACCUUGUAGCCAACAGGGAGGACCCCCGCUUGCAGGUCUCCUCCCUUAUUCAACAGGUUGGUUGGGCUUCUCCUCUUCCUCUGCGUGGUUGUGCAAAGUACUCUUGCAUCCUCUCCUGAAGAGAGAUAGCAGCACUGUUGGAGAUACUGAAGGCGGUGGGCAUCAUCCUUAACUGAGAUACCUUCUGAGGAUGCUGCCUCUUCAUUGCUGGUGCCUCUUCACAUUUCUCCUGCUUAUUGCCCCCUCGGCUGGGUUCUUUGGCUGGCUAACUCGAAGCACAGCCCCAGAAAGCCCCCCUGCUCCUCCCACAGCCGCUCCCAACCCUGGACAUCUCCCGCAUGUGCCUUUUGAGAUGACCACGGCCGACGAGCGGUUCUUGGCUGAGGCCCGGCUGCUGCACUCUUCACCCCUGGACUCCUGUCACCAGAAGGUGGUUGCGCAGCUUCAGGCUUCUUGCAGCGACCUGACGGAAGAAGAGUUGGCCAAGCUGGGCGUCUCCCUCUUCAACUGUCAGGCCAGCGUUGAAGGCCGCAGAACGUACCACUGCACCGUGGACAUGUCCCUGGCAGAAUGCACAGCAGAAAUGGACCCAGACACCUGGAAUGCCUACCACAUUGUGAGCAACCGAGCCCGUGCGGUCUGCUACGCCACCCGCCAGAUGCAGUUCAAGCGUCGGACAGAACACACAGUCAACGCCCUGGUCUCCACUGCUGUCAGCCAGCUGGAAGCGAUGCAGAUGCUGAAGAGCGGCCAGGAGGAACUGAGGGAGCUGACAUCCGAAUCCCUGCAAAAAGUGGCCAGCAGCCAACAGGAGCUGCUGGCCCAGCAAGAGAGGAUGCAAGGGAGCCAGGAACAAAUGGAAGAGUCGCUCCAUGACAACCUGGCUCAGCUGACUCAGGAGAAGGCCCUGAUCGCGAGUGGGCAUCAGCACGUGGCCCAGCUGAUCGAGGGCAUCACAAGGAGGAUGGAAAAUGUAAGCACUCACCUAGACAAUCAGGAUAUGGAUCUGCAGGAGGGACACAAAGCCAUCCUGAGGGACCUCACCCAAGUCCAAAAGCGAGCUCAAGAAGUCUACUCCAAAAUAGAGACUAACCUGGGCCUGUUCCUGGCCUAUCAGAACCAAACUGCCUUGUACUACGAGGAGCUGAUGGGGAAGCUACACAAGAUGAACGAGAGUCUGGGUCUGGUGCUGUUUGCCGUGGACCACAUGCAGCGCAGUGUUGAAGGGCGGCUCCAGCACAUCCAAAGAUUCAUCAGCUGGGCAGGGUUCAGCCUGAGUUCCAUCUACACCUGUGUCCUGCAUGGCAGCUAUUUCCUGCUAGCAGCCCUAAUCAUGACUUUCCUGCAGAUACCUGGCCUCCCACGUGCCAUGCUUCUAGUCCUGGUUGUGGCCAAUGCGCUCUUGGAGCUCCACCAUGCCACUUCCUUGGGAUUCAGUUCUCUCACCAGCCUCUUGCUGUUGACUGUUGCAGGAAAUUGGCUACUAGGAAACAUCUGCCGCUGUGCCCUGAGAUGGAGACUCAAGGAGCCCAAUUCUGCAUUUUUGGCACUUCCCCAGAAAGUUCCAGAAACCUACAUUCCUGCAGCAGAACUGAAGAAUGCCCCCUGCCGCCACCGCCUUACCUCCACUCCCGACAGAGAGGAAGGUGAUGUUGGUCUCCUGAAAGAGGAACUGGAGAAGCUGGAAGAGAUGAGCUAUGUGUCGGAUGGACCUCAGCUGGAGCAAGAAUACUCAGUGAAGGCGGAAGACGUGCUUCCGGAUCAGGGUGCAGUGUUGGAAGCCUCCAGGGGGUCCCUCUCUUGGAAGCCUCAACAGAGCCGCCCCCUCCAUUCCAUGAGCCUCCGUCGUGUCAGUCUGUCCUGCUCCACCAGACACAAGCAGGCCACCUUGGAGAGAUGGUCCCACCACCACCUGGGCCCAGCCUUCAGUCCCUUUCCCAGCUCAAGGGACUGUAGCCCAAACGAGUCCAGAAUUAGCGAUGUGUCUGAUUCCUCGGCAUCCCCACGGCAGCUCUGCCAAGGGGUCACCAGGACAGGGCAGCAGUGCAGGAAGAAAGCUGUCCCCGGCCACAUGUUCUGCCGCAUCCAUGCUUCUGGCCAGGCCUCCUAUGCCAGCUAAAGGUGGAAUCCGUUAAGAUUCUUCUCUUUCCAGCAGAUGGAUUUUGAGUUGCCUGGACCCUGGAAGAGAACACUGCAUGUGCACCCCGGUUUUAUUCCUCCUGCUCUUUUUCCAAGGAGAGGACUUUUUAAAAAAUAAAAUUACGCUUGAUUUUAUAUUUAUGUCCUUCUGAAUGAAGAAAUGACUACCUCUGGAGCUCUGUUUCUAGGCCCCUACCUCUCCUUCACUGUAGAAAAGACGGCACAAGGCAGCUGGGUUGGGAAAAGAGGCCCUUCUGUGCUGCCUUUUUUUUUUUUUUAACCACCCACCGGCUGCGGAGUUUGCGAAAGAAGAGUUUGAGCUGAAACCCCCAGCAGCUUCCCUUACAGGGCUUAUCUAUGCCCAGUGUGCCGCUUGCACUGGCCGGUACUUCAAAGUUUUAUCCCUCUGCUUAUGCUGCACAAGCAACAACCAUCAUGUCAAGUGCCUCCAUUUCAUGCCCCCCUCUGCAGAGGUUGGGGGCUGGCCUUAUCCUGCCACAGAAGGGAUUGUGAGGAUGCAGCAGCUGCUUAACAGAUUUUGCACGGACAUUUUUUAAAAAAUGAGUAACUUCUAUGUGCACAUUUGUUCAAUAAAUAUUUUUGAGUUACAA